ACAGGACAGACUGACAACAAGCAGCUCCAAUUGAAGCUCCUCGAUUUUAUUUGUGGACUUGGACUCUGAUUUUUUUUUUCUGACCUUUCACUAUGGCUGCGUUCCUCGCUGUGUCUCUCGUGGUUCUGGCUUGUCCUUUAAUGGCCUUUGACUUGGGUCAGUCCACCCGUUGUGUCACCAUCCCUAACCAGAUGAAGGUCUGCAAAGAUGUUGGAUACUCAGAGAUGCGGCUGCCCAACUUUUUGGGCCACAGUAACCUGGAAGGCGAAGUGGUGCCACGUUCAGAGGACUGGAGGCCCCUGUUGCAGACCGGCUGCCACCCUCAAGCCCAGGCCUUCCUCUGUUCCCUUAUUGCCCCCGUCUGUCUUGAUGCGUUUAUCCAGCCCUGCCGUAGUCUGUGUGUGGCGGUGAGGGACAGUUGUGCCCCAGUACUGGCCUGCCAGGGACACCCAUGGCCUGAGGCUCUUGACUGUGACCGCUUGCCUGCUGAGGAAGACAUGUGUCUUUCUCCCCAUGCAAAAUUUAGCCACUUUGCUAAAGACUUGCCCAAACCUGCCUGCCAACGCUGUCCUUCUGUGGAUGAGGCUCCUGCAAUGGAAACAGUCCUGGAUGCAUUUUGCCGCCACGACUUUGCUGUGACGGCCAAACUUCACCGUCAUCGUCUCCCGUCAGGAGAGCCAGAAUUUCAGAUAGAGGGCCGGGUUGAGUUCAUCCGUCAGGGACCUCUAUUGCCUUACGACACCCGGCAUCUGCUCCAUCAGUGGCUCCUCAUCAACUGCAGAUGUGCCAGUUUUCUUGUGCGUCCUGGGCGAUCACAGCUUUACGUGCUGACCGGUUCGGCGCAGCCUGAUGGCACACUAGCUCUAACUCGUGUCUUCCCUUGGCACAGAAAGGAUGCAAACGUCGCACUGGCCAUUCGCAAGUGGAAGCACCACAGAUGUUGAAUGGACAUGGAAAAAAAAAACUGGAGCUCUGAGUCUGUUUGUAGGUUUAAAAUCACAUAAUGAUGAAUGUCUUGCAUAUUUCCUCACUUUUUUGAACGAAAUCAAGGAGAAGGAGAAUGAAUUUUAAGACUUUUGUAAAGGAAGGUAAAUGAUACAGAAACAGAGAUGGAUUCAUAUCACAAUUUGCUCCCUUCACAGCUCAUUAUCUCAUGU